ACCGCCAUUUUCUGGCAACCACCCCCCAACCCAAACCAACCCCCCAACGCUCAGCCUGCCACAGGGAGUCUUCUCCACACGCCAGCCAGCGCACAUCGCGUGCGCACGCUACCCACAACAGCGCUUUUUCUCCGCUUUCGUGUUGCUUGACUGAUUCGCGUUCACCUUCUUUCCACGAGAUUUCUUCCCAUUCUUCACCAGCUCUCGAUUCAACUCCCUUCGCCAGUGCAUCACUACCAUGCUCGUUUCCUCCUGACGGCGCCAUCCCGCUCCUCGAUCGGAAAGACCGUUGAAAACGCAACAAUCCUAGAUCGCCGUCAGUUCCACGGUCAUUUCCCCAAGAUCUCGGCUAUUUCACAACCACUUUUGCUCGUCCCGCUGCAACCAUUCAGAUCCUCGUGCUCCUCUCAAACACUCGUGCGGUUCCUGAUUCGUGAAACCCCCGCCUCUUUGACUUCCUCGUUGGCCCGCUUCACUCCCUAAGCUACGCCUCACUCUCUUCCGCUCGCCGACUCUCUUCUCAGAUCGCACCUCGCAGCCAAACCUGCACGCUGGGCUGAAUCGCCAUCGCUUUUGUGUCGUACGAACUAAACUCAAUCGUUCAUUCGGACCCCGUUUCCGAGCUAAGCAGCCGGUACUUCAACGAGUGUCACGCGAAGCCAAGCCAAGCCAAGCUUGACCAAGCGAGGAACGAAGAUCGAGAUAUGGAGAUUCUGUCGGCCAUAGACCACGGCGCGAGCCAGGAGCUGCGGCGCCGCGUGGACGAGUCGAUGGACGCCAUCCACCGCACGCUCACCAAGUACCGCCCCAACGAGAUCGCCUUCAGCUUCAACGGCGGCAAAGACUCCACCGUCAUAUUGCACUUACUGCGCGCAGCCAUGGCCUGCAACUGGCCCUCCACGCACCUCCACCGCUGCCGCUCCAACCCCGAGCUCCGCUCCUCCUGCUACUGCGCCCUCUCCGCAACCCACGGCGACGGCUGCGACGGCUGCCACGACAACGACGACGACGACGGCCCGUUCGCGCCGCACACGCUGUCGUCGUCGUCCGACUGCCUCCUGACGCCGCCCUUGCAGGGACGCGUCGCACGGUCGGAGGACGGGGAAUACGAGAGCGGCGGGUCGAUAAGCAUGGGAACCACCGCUACGCUCGAUGACGACGCGGAGGCGGAAGUGGGGACGGAAGCGGAAACGGAAGCGGAAGUGGAGGCGGAGGGGAAGAUCGGGGGAGCCCCUGACGACGACGGGUGGGAGGGGGAGGCGGACGGGCUGUGCGCAAUCUUCUUCCGCGAUAAGGACAGCUUCGCGGAGGUGGACGGGUUCACGUUCGACAUGGCGCGGCGGUACGGGCUGGCGCUGCUGCAGACGAAGGAGGGGUUCAAGGAGGGCGUCAUGGCGCUGCAGCGGAAGCGACCCGUCAAGGCCAUCUUCCUCGGCGUGCGGAUCAACGAUCCCAAAGGGAAGGGCCAGCAGGUGUUUGCGGAGAGCUCGCCCGGGUGGCCGCCGUUCAUGCGCGUGAACGUGAUCCUCAACUGGACCUACAGAGACGUCUGGGAGUUCCUGCUCCUCACCCGCGUGCCCUACUGCUCGCUCUAUGAUGAAGGCUACACCUCCAUUGGGGGAGUGAGCGAUACCGAGCCUAACUCGGCGCUUCGGAAGGCCAGCAGCAUCCGCACACUCCCACCGGGUCUGUGCCCGUACCUGUGGCUUCUGGCAGAGGCCACAGCAGACCAAGGGGACCGUUGCAGGAACUGCCCCUUCCUUCCUGCCUACUGCCUGACAGACGAGUCUCUCGAGCGAGCAGGCAGGCACAAGAAGGAUGCACCCAAGGAACAAGGUGCAGGGAAGACGGUUGGCUCUGCUCCUGCGACUGCUGCUGGGGAUCCUGGGAAAGAGAAUGUGGGUGAGGAGGUGAGGGGUCAGGGCAAAGGAGACAAGCCAGUUGAAGGGAAGGCCAAUGGAGAGCUUAAGGACCAUGCUCCCACUGCUCUGCGCAGUGCCCUUGUGGUGGUUUGAGCUUAUGGAGCACCUAUUGGAAACUGGCAUUGUUUCUUGUGUUGCAUAUGCAGCACUCUUGGCCUGGACGGAGCAAUGUACAUAAUUUGAUAUUCAGGUGUCUAGAAUCUGUAUAGAUAAUGGCAUGUGCUAACUAGUGUAGUUCUGUUCUAGACUGCAUUUUCUAUUUGUAAGGAAUUUUCCAUUCCUUGGCGUGUCGCACCGCUAA